UCAGUGUCGCGUGGUUGUUGACUCCGCUGUCAGAAGUCAUCUGAGCGACGCAGCAGGACACCACCCGCAGGUGACGAUGCAGUUCCUGGGCCGUCUGUUGGACACCGUGUCCUCCGUGUCAACCCUCUUCACAAACCCGUACCGGGUCAGAGACGUGCCGCUGUCCGACUACGGAGGAGGAGGCAAAGUGCUCCUGAAAGAGGAGGGACGCAUCGUUCUGUACAGAAACACUCAGUACCAGUCGUGGGACUGUCUGCUCAUGUGCCCCGAGACGCCCAAUGUGACCCUGAGGCUGUUCCAGGUGGCGUCGGAGGAGGACGCCAUGAACUGGUUCCCCCAAUACGCCCUCAAGCUCCGCCCCUUCUAUGAGACGCUUCCUCUUAAAGCUGAGACCACCCAGCCAAUCGUCGACUGCAUCCGCAACCACCAGGACUGGAGCUCGGCCCACAUCGCCGUGGAGACGGGCCUGAAGGAGUGUCUCAAGCAUAACUAUGUCCAGAGUCAGAUCAACGCUCGGGACGCCUCAGGUCAGACGCCGCUGCACCGGGCAUGUGAGCGCGGCGACUCGGCGUGUGUGAAGCAGCUGUUGGAUGAGAGUCAGGCUCGCACCGACAUCAGAGACCGCAACGGAGAGACGCCCAUGCACUGUGCCGCCAAGCAGGACACGCCCGCCAUCAUCCAGGUCAUGUGCUCGCGGAUGUGCUCGGGGGUGAACGAGCUGAACAACAACGGGGAGACGCCGCUCCACGUGGCGUGCCGCCUGGGACGCGUGGAGUCCGUCAAAGCUCUGUUGGGGGGCGGGGCCAAGUGCGGCGUCAUCGGUGGCGUCGGCUACCCGAUCCACAGCGCCAUGAAGUACAGUGAGAAGGGCUGUGUGGAGGAGAUCCUCAAAGCAGACCCGGGUCAGCUCCAGGCCGAAGACUCUCUGUACGGAGGAACGCCUCUCCACUGGUCCAAAACCGCCGAGAUGUGUCGCAUGCUGCUGGAACACGGCUGUGCAGUGAACUACCUCAGUAAGACCGGAGAGAGCGCCCUCCACAUUCUGACCAGGAGGGGGCGCUUCGAGGCGGCCAUGGUGCUGCUCACCCACGGGGCCAACGCCAACCUCAGGGGCCAGGACGGAAACACCGCCCUGCACCUCGCCAUGAAGAUGGACCACAUGGAGCUGAUCAAAGCUCUGAUUGUGUUCGGGGCUGACGUGGAGAUCCACAACGACCUGGGAGAGACACCUGGACUCAUCGCUGCUCGCACCAGCAAAGGGUUUGAGGACAUCCUGUAUGCCGGGGCUGCAGUCGGUGCAAUGAGCAGAGGCACCACUCAGGUGGACGGCGCCAAGAUGGAGAAAAGCAAGAUGGACAGACUGCUGUGUCUGGAUGGAGGAGGUAUUAAAGGCCUGGUGUUGAUCCAGAUGUUGAUCGCUCUGGAGCGAGAGGCCGGCCGGCCCACCAGAGAGCUCUUUGACUGGGUGGCUGGCACCAGCACCGGGGGCAUCCUGGCCCUCGCCAUCGUCCACGGUAAGUCCAUGGAGUACCUGCGCUGCCUGUACUUCAGGAUGAAGGAGCAGGUGUUCAAGGGGUCACGACCUUACGAGUCGGCGCCGCUGGAGGACUUCCUGAAGAAAGAGUUCGGAGAGAACACCAAGAUGGCGGCUGUCCGUUACCCCAGGGUGAUGGUGACCAGUGUUCUAGCAGACAGACAUCCAGGAGAGCUGCACAUCUUCAGGAACUAUGACCCUCCCUCCGUCCACAGAGAGCCUCCAUACUCCACCACCGCCACCUUCAAGCCCAUCACCAUCCCACAAGGAUGGGAGGAUGAGGAUGUGUUGGUAGUAGGAUACACAGAGGAGCCAACCAGAAAGCGUAGGAAGGUGACUGAUGAAGAACAACUUGUGUGGCGAGCCGCCCGCUCCAGUGGCGCUGCCCCCACUUACUUCCGACCGAUGGGGCGCUUUCUGGAUGGAGGGCUGCUGGCCAACAACCCGACGCUAGACGCCAUGUCAGAAAUCCAUCAGUAUAAUAAAGCUUUAAGAGCAGAGGGCCAUGGAAACCAAAUCAAGAAGUUGGGUAUCGUGGUCUCCCUUGGUACAGGUAAACCUCCUCAGGUGGUGGUGAACUCCGUGGAUGUUUUCCGACCCUCCAACCCUCUGGAGCUGGCCAAGAGCUUCGUAGGAGCCAAGGAGCUCGGCAAGAUGCUGGUGGACUGUUGUACAGACUCUGAUGGCUGUGCGGUGGACAGAGCCGGAGCCUGGUGUGAAAUGAUCGACACCGUCUACCACAGACUGAGUCCCCAGCUGUCUCAGGAGGUGAUGCUGGAUGAGGUGAGUGACGCGGUCCUGGUGGACAUGCUGUGGGAAACCCAGAUGUACCUGUACGAGAAGAGGGAAACCCUCCAGUCUUUGGCAAAGGGGCUACUGGACAAAUGAAAGCAAAGGAGACAUGAAGAGGAGAGGCUGCUAAACACUGGACCAACGAGAGCAGAGGAGACGGAGAGUAUGAAGGCAGAGGAGACGGAGAGUAUGAAGGCAGAGGAGACGGAGAGUAUGAAGGCAGAG